CAAUCCUCAUGGCGGCGGUGGCGGCUGUUAGGGUGCGGCGCUGGAGUGACUGAGCUGCUAGCCUGGCGGCCGAGCGUCGAGCUCCAGCCCGGCUUCCGCGUGCCCCCCGGGCUCCGCACCCCUGAUGUUGCGCGGGCGCUGAGCCCGCCCGGCCGGGACAAUGGUGAAGUAUUUCCUGGGCCAGAGCGUGCUCCGGAGUUCCUGGGACCAAGUGUUCGCUGCCUUCUGGCAGCGGUACCCGAAUCCCUAUAGCAAACAUGUCUUGACGGAAGACAUAGUGCACCGGGAGGUGACCCCUGACCAGAAGCUCCUGUCCCGGCGACUCCUGACCAAGACGAACAGGAUGCCCCGCUGGGCUGAGCGACUAUUUCCUGCCAAUGUUGCUCACUCAGUGUACAUCCUGGAGGAUACUAUUGUGGACCCACAGAACCAGACCAUGACCACCUUCACCUGGAACAUCAACCAUGUCCGGCUGAUGGUGGUAGAGGAACGAUGUGUUUACCGUGUGAACUCUGAUAACAGCGGCUGGACCGAAAUCCGCCGGGAAGCCUGGGUCUCCUCUAGCUUGUUCGGCGUCUCCAGAGCUGUCCAGGAAUUUGGUCUCGCCCGGUUCAAAAGCAACGUGACCAAGACUAUGAAGGGUUUUGAAUACAUCUUGGCCAAGCUGCAAGGUGAGGCCCCUCCCAAAACCCUUGUUGAAACAGCCAAGGAAGCCAAGGAGAAGGCCAAGGAAACGGCACUGGCAGCUACAGAGAAGGCCAAGGACCUUGCCAGCAAGGCAGCCACCAAGAAGCAGCAGCAACAGCAGCAGUUUGUGUAGCCAGCCCAGGCCCUGGGGCCGCAGCACAGCAGACCACUUGCUCCAGUCCCUGUGCUCUUUCCUCCUUGUACUUUA